AUGAUUGGAGUGAGUUGCAGGUUUUUUUUUAUUAUUAUUUUUUAUUGAUUUUUCAUUUUCAGGUUGGAUGUGAGGGAGAAAUUAUAGAUCAGUUAACUUUCAGUACCCCGGAAUCCAAACCUGUUUAUUUUGUAAAGGUAAAUGUAGUUAAUUGAAAAUUUCUCAAUUUUUUUCGAAUUUUCAGUAUAUUCCGCCACGAUCAAAAGUUGUUGUGACUGGAUUUGGACCAUUUCGUGAUUAUUCCGAAAAUCCAUCAUCAAUUAUAAUUGAUGAAUUGGCUAAAGAAAAUCUCGAUAAUAUUACUUUCGAAUUGCAUAAAAUGAGUGUGGCUUAUGAAGAAGUCAGUCAAAAAGUUCCAGAAUUAUGGGAAACUCAUAAUCCAGAUGUAAGACAAUUAGAUAUCGAUUAAAUUAAUUUUGAUAGUAUUUUUGAAAAUAUUUCAGUUAGUAAUUCAUCUUGGUGCUCACAGUGUUGAAAAUACUAUCAAAUUUGAACAACGCGCAUUUUCUGAUGGUUACUGUAGUGAUGAUGUAAAUGGGUGUACACCUGAAAAUAAUACAACAAAUGUUUGUUGUGCACCUGGAACUAUUUUGAUAUCUGAAAUUGAUUGUGCUGAACUCGCCACUUUUGUUAAUAAUGAAAUGAAUUUCGAUGGAAACAAUUUCGGUGGUUUGAUUUGUGAAUUAUCCGAAGAUCCGGGAAGAUAUCUCUGUGGAUUCUCAUAUUUUUUAUCGUUGAAUAAAGAUGCCAAGAAAUCACUUUUUGUUCAUGUUCCACCUUUCACGUAAGUUUUUUUUUGAAUUACAACAUUUUUUUCUCAAUUUCGAUUUUUAGCGAGGAAUGCACAAAGGAAAAAGUGAAAGACGCAUUAUUAUCUGCAAUCAAACAUAUCGUCAAAAAUUAA